UUCCCUUCCUCUCGUUUUGCAUCCGGGUCUUAGGGUUCGCGCUCCAGUUGCGGUCCCGGGCCGAUCGGGGGCUGCUAAGUGCUGGCCAUUCUGGUUGUUCGAGCGUCAGAAGAGCGGGUGGGACAGAAGAGCGGAAGCUGUGCAUCACCGUAAUGAGGCUUGUAAUUCUCGAUAACUAUGACUUGGCUAGUGAAUGGGCAGCCAAAUACAUCUGUAAUCGCAUCAUCCAGUUCAAACCUGGACAGGACAGAUACUUCACCCUGGGUUUACCAACAGGUAGUACACCAUUAGGAUGUUAUAAAAAACUAAUAGAAUAUCACAAAAAUGGAGACCUUUCUUUUAAAUAUGUGAAGACCUUUAACAUGGAUGAGUAUGUAGGACUUCCCAGAAAUCAUCCGGAAAGCUACCAUUCUUAUAUGUGGAAUAACUUUUUUAAGCAUGUUGAUAUAGAUCCUAAUAAUGCUCAUAUCCUUGAUGGAAAUGCUGCAGACUUACAAGCAGAAUGUGAUGCAUUUGAGAAGAAAAUAAAAGAAGCUGGGGGAAUUGAUCUCUUUGUUGGAGGAAUUGGUCCAGAUGGUCAUAUUGCUUUCAAUGAACCAGGAUCCAGUUUAGUAUCAAGAACAAGAUUAAAGACUCUAGCGAUGGACACCAUUUUGGCAAAUGCUAAAUAUUUUGAUGGAGAUUUAUCGAAGGUGCCAACUAUGGCUCUAACAGUUGGUGUGGGGACAGUGAUGGAUGCUAGAGAAGUAAUGAUCCUCAUAACAGGCGCACACAAGGCGUUUGCCCUCUACAAAGCAAUAGAAGAAGGAGUCAGCCACAUGUGGACUGUGUCAGCUUUCCAGCAGCAUCCACGAACUAUUUUUGUGUGUGAUGAGGAUGCUACCUUAGAAUUAAGAGUUAAAACUGUGAAAUACUUUAAAGCCCUGAAGACAAGAACUGCUCCUACUCCUACUUAUUCCCAAAGGACCUGUACACACUCUGGAACUACAGAUUCAUAAAUAAUUGAAAAUUGGUAUUUACUAGGUCUAAUGCAUGUGCACAAUAAACUUGUGGAUCCACUGCACAGUAUGAAAGGAGGAGACUGAAAGCAACUGGAGCCAAAUUCCACUUGAAUGAACAGAACACUUUUAUAAUAGAUGGAUUUGCAGCUAUGCAAUAUGAUAAAACAUGGGGAAUUUUUGAAGACUCAUUUUUGAAGCCCAAUAUAUAUAUAUUAAACAUUCCAUAUUUAGAAUGUGUCCAUUUUAUAGUAUGAUUUAGGAGUAGCUGGCUCUCAUAAUUAAUCAGCUGUUAAUCUUAAGGUACAGACACCACAUACUCACUGUAAACAGCAAAGAAAUGAAAUGUCUACCUGUUUAAAAAUCUCAAAAGUCUUUUUAAAGGUGAAGAGCCUGUUACAUUCAUACUUCUCCAGUGGUAUUGUUAGAUUAGUUCUUUUAAUCACAUGAAGAUACACUGUCAUUGCAAACCUUUACCAGUACUUUUGAAACGCUCUGUAUUUUCCUGUGCAUCACACAAGCUUUCUGCACGUGGUUGCCUUAAGUCAUUUUCCGGCAGUAGUAUCUGGACAUCAAAAGUCCUGCUACGUGUUGUAGGUACAGUUUGAGGAGAUGACAGUGCCUAAAAAUACGUAUGUGACCUGACAAGUAUGAAUGAGGG